CGCUAGUAGCACAUAAUGGCGGCCGGUAGAUGAAACCAUAUGGCUUUGUCAUUCGAAAAUAAUCGUAAAAUUUUACGAAUCUAGUUGCGUAUAAGUGGAAUACGUAAUGUCAUGACAUCGUGUGACAUAGUGUUAAUAAUAUAUAACAGAAUUUUGAUGCAAUAGUUUUUUUUUUUCUGAGAAAAUACAAUCUCAUGCGAACGUUCUUCAUCUGAAAACUUAAAUUAACCCGCGCAAUCAAGAUUGAAAAAGGAAGAAACAUAAAAUAGAAAGAGAAAAGAAGAAAAAAGAUAAAAAUACUAGUGAUAAGGAAAGAACAAUUUUUCAGAAUUCUCUUCAUAACAAUCUAUAACCAAUAUCUUUCUCUUUCUCUCGUUCUUCUCUUUCUCUUUCUCUUCGUUGUCUUUCGACUCGAUUCGACAUUCUCAAGUUUGACCUUCGCGAAAAAUCGUGGCAUCAUCAACAAAGACAGACAGUAUUGAAAGAUCAUUCUAAUGAAACGAAUGUCUCAGUUUUUUUGUGUUAACUCUUUCGAAAGGGAAAUCGUUUAGUGAAACUGUUAGUAUCGUCGAGAUUCUAACAAGUGUUAGUUUCAUGCGUCUACGUUUUACGACGCCAUCAUUGAAAAUCGUUGGAAGUGGGGAAAAGAAGAAAAAAUCAAGAAGAAAAAGUUAUUAACAACGAUUAACACAACGCCGUUUAUUUUAUCUAUCAGGAGUGGCCACGCUCGAUGUGAAUGAUGAUUUGCACAAGAAAACGGGUAUGGUGACACUGAUACAGCACCAACAAACAGGAGACAAUAAUUUAUAUCAAAAAGAACAAGAUCAUCGUAUAAUCAGUGUAUCAUCUCAACUCGAAUCGUCACGUGAGUCGCCCAAUUGUCGCGUUAAAUUCGAUCAAUUAAAAUCGACUAAGGAAAAUAAUAAUACUGUGAUCACAACAGCGGUAGCCAAUUGCAAUGGUAAUAUCGGCGAUAUCUCUACGCAGUGCAGUGACAUAGAUUAUAAGAAUAAUGUUGUUAUUUGUUGUGAAAAUAAUGCGGACAAUGAAGAAAAAGAAGAGGAGGAGGAGGAGGUGGAGGAGGAAGAGGAGGAGGACGAUGAUGAUACCGAUUUAGAAGAAGGUGAAGAAGGAUGGGAGACCGAUUUACCGGUAUCCACUAUUGUGCAACAUCAUCAACAACAGGUGGCAGUACCAAACGGUAACGUAAUCUUACCGAAUGCUGAUCCAUCGACUUUUGGUGAUAUAUGCGUGAAAAAUUCAACGAACGUUCAUCUUGGUAACAAGACCUUUUACAAAGGACCAGUUACAAUAAAGCAAUUCGUUUACACGAAUCCAACUUCGGUGCAGGGCCAAGAAACAACGACCGAAUAUGAUGGGGCACGUUCGUCAGACGCUAAUGCUUCCGAUUUAUCAUCGAGCAAAACGGAUCUUGGUCUAAACAGGCCGAUUUUAUCACAAAAGAACGAUUACGAUAGAGUAACAAAAUGGCUAUGGACGUGGCGAUGCGCGGCACUUUUGUGUACAAUAGCCUUAAUUCUUGUGACCAUGAUCGUUGUGAGUUCUGUACUUCUCACAAAUACUUCUCGUAGAUACGAUGUCCUACCGACUCCAAUUUUCCCGGAAAUUCCAGAUUCUUCUCUCGAGGGUGUUGUAAUAGACAAUGUAAGAUUUGUCGAAAGAAACGAAUGGGGAGCACAGCCACCAACGCAACCUUUGACGAAGAUGAAACUACCCGUCCCUUAUGUUAUCAUCAGCCACACAGCCACUGAAUUUUGUACGACGCAAUCGGAAUGUACUUUACAUGUGAGAUUUGCACAGACCUUUCACAUUGAAUCAAGAAAGUGGUCGGACAUAGCGUAUAAUUUUCUCGUUGGUGGUGACGGUCUUGCUUACGUUGGACGCAGUUGGGAUUAUAUGGGUGCCCAUGCCUUUGGUUACAACAAUAGAAGUAUAGGAAUAUCUUUCAUCGGUACAUUCAACUCUGUAGUACCACCGAAGACUCAAUUACACGCUGCUCAGAGGAUCAUCGAGUUAGGCGUUAAAGCCGGAAAAAUUGCUAAGGAUUAUAAAUUACUUGGCCAUCGACAAGUAUCGAAAACUUUAAGUCCUGGUGAUGCACUUUACAGCAUCAUAAAAACAUGGCCUCAUUGGGUACCUCGUCCUUAAAUACCUUAGUCGCGAUUUUAAUGACAGAACUCUUUUACUUUUUCAAACAUAUCGCACAAAUAAGUUUAUCUAUAUAGUCUACUUAUUAUUUUUUUUAUUGUCCAUUUCUUUUUUUCCUUUUCCUUUUCUAUCUCUUUUAUGUAUAUAUAACGAACGAAUAUUCGUUGUUGUCAAUGGCUCGUAAUCGUUAAACUGAUCAUUCCAACGAUUUUCUGGACGAUACAUUAUAUGUGAUAAAAUAUACAAUAAAUAUAAUAAAGUCGAUUGCAUCCGUGAUGCAUAUUCAUACAUAAUAAUUAUUAUAGAGUUAUUAGCGCGUCAGCAUGUUUCAUUUUAUAGCGCGCUAAAAUUCGUCACUCGUAAGUGCCAAUAUAACCAUCUCAAUACCUCGUA